UGUGGCUAGCAGUUGUAGCGCAGGCUCAGCUGUAUAUUUUCCGCUGUGUGGACGUAUCCCAACUUCCACAGUUCAAGUCAGUCGCCUCGGAUACUGUGUCCGAAAGCAGUCAAGUCCCGGUAAAGGUAUUCAAGUUGAUGAGAGAGCCCUCCUCAGUUACGUUAAAGCCCUGUACACUUCCCCAAUGGCUGCUCCAUCCGGGCUUUGAGCCGCCGCUGUAGUUCACGUCGUUCCCCGCGGGGUGGCAAAAGUUUGAAGCAUCCUUUCCAUCAGCAAAGUGCAUCUAAUGGCUGUGAUUUAGUGGUUGUAACGAAUAAAUCCAACUCAUAAAAAAAUGAUAUUCCAGUCCAACAAGUUUACUAUUCCAGGGGUAUGAGUACUAUUUUCUGCAUCCCCUGUGGGUGUAAACAGCGCCAGGAGGUGUCAGCAGACUGCUUGUGGGUUCUGCAGGCCCGCCUAGAGCUGACACUUCAGUUAGGCACAGUUCUCAUGUGAGACUGUGUGCACUUGGCGUGUUAGCUUCCCAUUCAAAUGCCUGUGGUAUAUAUCAAGCUGAAAAAAAAAAUGGAAAUGAGUUCUGUUUUCAUGAUUAUUUUAUUAUGGCUAACUCCAUAUGGACUAGAAAUUCAAUACAGUUAUUGUUACACCCUUUCACCGCUAGGGGGAAGCAACGAGACAUACACAAUCCCCAUAACUUAGCCAAAGGUCAAAUUUGUUUAUUAUAUAAACUGUAAAGAGACACUAGCAUGUUUGAUUUUCUUAUCUAUAUGACUGACAUUAUGAGAGCAGUUUUAUUUUCCCCAUCUUGUGUAGGUUAUGCUUUGACCUGGCUUUCUCUUUUCCAUUUGUGCCUUUCUGCCUUAAUCCCUCAUGGCUGGUUAUCUAGAAAUUCAACACCCCAAACUUGCUCAGCAUGAAAUUGAGCAUUACAGUCAAUAUAGAUGGGAAAUAUUUUAAUUAGAUUUAAAUGUACACAACACAUGCAGCACGCUCUUCUUUCUAUUUUUCCUUCCAAGAAAAGAGACUACAUAUCUCAUUAUUUUGUGUAUUUAACCAAUUAAUACCCUAGUUUUCACAAUUAAUUUUGAAAGCUUCCACUUUUUACAAAGCUUUCUUUUCUGUAUGAGAUGUAUACGCAUGACCUUUAUAUUAAAUGGUUUUCUGUUAUUUAGUUUAAAGCAUUAGUUAUUAGUUGUUAGGGGAAGAGGAGGAGCAAUGUGGCAUGUUCAGGCUGUCAUUCAUUCAAGGGUGAAAGGGCAAACAUUCUGGCAUUUGGGAGAUUUUCUGGAAAGCAGUCUCCUGUAGGCCACUGUGCAGGCCCCCUGCAGCUGAUCACAUUAUUUUCAGCUGGAUGUGCUGCGCUCACCUUCAGUGUGCGCUCCACUAUGGACCGCAAAAGGGAUGACUGGCACAGAACAAAAAGGGAAAGGAAAACCUAUAUGCUGCAGAAUGAUGGAUGACAGGCGAACUAUGCUUCACAUCCUUGAGGAGCCUCGGAUGCGAAGAGAAGGCAUGAGACUUCAAACUUUUCACAACUGGCCAGCAGAUGCACCUGUCACAUCUGGAGACCUGGCAAGGGCAGGGUUUUUCUUUCUAGGCCCUGGGGAUAAAGUUCAGUGUUUCUGCUGUGGAGGGAUUUUAAGAUGUUGGGUACAAGGGGAUAGCCCAGCCACUGAGCACAAGAGACAUUUCCCUACUUGUAGUUUCAUUCUGGGUCAAGCUGUAGGAAAUAUUCCUCUUCAAGCUGGCUCCUCAGAUUCUGUGGAUGGACAGCUGUUGAGUCAGCUCCAGAGGAUGACUAUGGAUGACCAGGGAACAGCUGGACAAGCAGUCUACCCAGAGAUGGAAACAGAGGAUUCCCGGCUUACAACUUUCCACAACUGGCCCACCGAGGCCUCAAUCCAGCCAGAUGUUCUCGCCAGAGCAGGCUUUUUCUACACAGGUCACGGUGACAAUGUUAAAUGCUUCUACUGCGAUGGAGGGCUGAGGAACUGGGAGCCAGGCGACGACCCCUGGCAGGAACAUGCCAAAUGGUUUCCACGAUGUGAGUUCUUGAUACAGUCGAGGGGGCAGGAGUAUGUCAGCAACAUACAGGACACUCAUUUCCACCUGGGUGACACUGUGGGAGGAUCACAGACUUCUGCAGGUAGAGAUAUCAGCUCCAGAAGCGAUCUGGUCGGAGGUCUGGGAGCUUCAUCGGCCAUGCUUUCUCCUGUGGUGCAGACUGUGCUCCAGAUGGGCUUUGAAGCCAGCCUAGUGGAGAGUCUGGUCCAAACCAAGUACCUUCUGACAGGCCAGCACUACACAUCAGUAUCAGAGUUGGUUACUGAUGUACUGCAGGCAGAGGAGGAAGACAGACAGAGGGGACCUCAAAGCAGAGAGCCAGAGAUGAGGCAAGGCUCCAGUGCUGGAAAUGUAAGAACACAGACACCUGUCAGACAGAAAGCAGUUAAGGACCCCAGUCCAGAGGAGCUGCUAAGGCAGCUGCAGGAGGAGAGGACCUGUAAAGUGUGCAUGGACAAGCUUGUGUCCAUUGUCUUCAUCCCCUGUGGUCAUCUGGUGGUUUGUGGUGAUUGUGCUGCCAGCCUACGUCAUUGCCCCAUCUGCAGAGCUGUCAUCAGAGGCAGUGUUCGUGCUUUUAUGUCCUAAAGCUGUAGUGAAGAGCCACCUAUACAGGUGUUGCAUGAGUGGCCUUGAGAUUUCCACUGGCCUCAAUUUCUA